CAGAAUCCCUCAGCCCAUGUCGGCAGAUUUGGCUGUUCAGUGCUCCAAGUUGACAGAGUGGCUACUUGGCCGUCGAGCCAUACCUGAAGAUUUUCCAAAACUCCUUGCUGCUGUCCAGGCGCGCGUCCAUGAAGCAGCAAAAGAACAAGUUGUGGACAAGGCUGCUCGAGCGCUGAUCCAGGAAGGUGACAACAUUCAUUACCUGGCCGCCAAAGAAAUCUACGAGGCCAUACUCCGAUCCCCUGAAGGGCAAUCCAAAACCCUUUUGGGUGGGCAUGCCCAUGCUGGAGCAGCAAAAUGGAAAGCAGUUGUAGAUGCGUACAAACGACGGCAUUUGGGCUGGGCCAGUUCUGCGCGGGUUCUCAUCCAGAAUGUCAGCUACGAAGUGCCGGCCCUGAAGAAGCAGGCCGCCGCCUGCGAGCGCCAGGUUCAGGACUGCACGGCGAGGCAGGCGGAGCUGGACCGGCAAGAGGCCAAUGCCAAGAGCAGAUACCGGGAUAUGCUCAACGAGCUGGGGAUUGAAGGCUUUGACGUGCGGAAGGAGCUCUGGCAGCGCUCCAUGCAGGAGCUGGCCUUGUUGUCCCAAGACGUGCUUCAGCUCGUUCGCCAGGCUGGUCAGGACGUGGCGAGCUGUUACCAAGCUUUUGCUGACCAUGGCAGGCGGCCAGACGAUCCAGACGAGGUACUUCCCUUGAUGCGCGCGCUGCAAGCGAAGGAUCCGUCCGUGCAGGAGCUGGAGCUGAAGGUGCCGGAGCUGAGGUCAAUGGCGGAACGUGCCCGUGCCCAGGCUGCAGCUGUGGAGACUGGUGGGGCUGAGACAGAGCCAGCGCCAGCGGAGCCGACAGCCGAGGCGGAGAUUGACUGGGGUAUCACCUGCGAGAGUGGCGAUGGCAUCAACUGGGACUUUGAGGAGGAGAAGGCGCCGCCUGAGCACGUGGAGCCUGAGAGUACUGGGAUCGACUGGGGCGUGUCCUUCGAUGGCUUUGAGGUGGCCGAGGCGGCGCCAGAGGAGGCCACUCCCUUUUUGGCGGAAGGCCCCGCCCGGGAGCUGUUGACCCGCGAGGUGGCGGAGGCCUCGGCCUUCCUGGCGGAGCGCGCCUGCCACGGGGAGGAGUAUGGGCCCAAGGCGUCCUCCCCAACGCAGGAAGCGCUUCAGGCCAUGGGGAAGCUGGAGACCCUGCUCUCAGCCCGCCGCACCCAGCAGCUUGUGCUGCUCGCCUCGUCGGAGAGCUACCGGGAGCGGACAGCCAAGCGCCUGGAGAUUGCGAAGCUGCAGUGUGGCAAGCCUGCCCAGCGCAAAGCCGAGCUGGAGAAGGUGAAGGCCGACCAGGCAGCGGAGGCCAAGCGCACCCGCGCGGAGGUGGACAAGUUCAAAGCGACUACUCUGGCGGUGAAGGAUGACUUGGAGGCCGAGCUGAGCGCUCACUUCAAGUCCACUGUGCGCAUAGUCGGCGAGAUCUCGCAGAUGUAACGCAUUGGCAA